UUUAUUUUCAAUGGUUACUACGUAGUUGUGAUGUGUUUUGAAUGGUAAACAUGAAACAAAUGUCAGAACGUCUCAAUGGAAGCAGAAAGCUUUAGUUUGCGGUCCUGGAACCAGGCUUUCCUGGUGGGAAAUCUGGAGGGAAAUCUGCCCCUGCAUCGCACCCCGACGAACAGAGAGCUUUUAAGCGCUCUUUUGCACCGGAAUCGAUACGACAAGCUUUCGAUCAAGAAUGCCGCCUUGGAAAUCUCCCGGUUGGCGGAAAGUGCUUUAAAGGUACCACGAAGAAAGAUCAAUGCCCAUUUGCAAGAUUUGUACGACACUUGGAGAGGACUUUACAAGCAAAAAUCCCGAACCACUUCGAAAUCGGAGGAGGAUAGAACUCAUUUCAGGACGGAACUAUCCCUGCCAUGUGAUUUAUCGUGGAAUGUAUGCAUAAAUGAUAUUCUAUCGCUGGACAAAACGCAGCAGUUGAAUCGCCUGAGAAAACGGCCGAGCAUAUGA